CCGAGUAAAAAACCACGUGAAGAGAGAGUCACGCGCUUUCCAGGAACCCCGUCAGGAAGAAGAUAAACAAAACAAACCAGAGAGGAGGACGGCGUGGAUUUGGCGAGAAAUGGCAUUUAAGUUCCCAUAAAGACGGGUGAAAAGAGAGAGCAACGCCUUUUUUGAUAACUGCAAGAGAAAGUUAAAGAGAACAGUGAACAGAGGAGGACAACCCGGCCAUACUUGAAUGUGCGGCUUAGGCCUCCAGAUUACAGAAAGGCUCUUUUGUUUUAUUGGUCAAAAUCGAUUUUCUGCCAGAGAUUGACAAAAGAACAAGGCAACUGGGGCAGGAGAGGUGGCAGAAAAGUUUCCGCCAAGGAACUGGAGAUCUGUGCUCGGCAAUGCCUCAGCCCAGCAUCAGUGGAAUGGAUCCUCCCUUUGGGGAUGCCUUUCAAAACUACACUUUUGCUGACCAGGCACUCAUCAGCACAGACCUGUUGGCCAACAGCUCUGAUCCAGACUUCAUGUAUGAACUGGACAGAGACAUGACCUGUCGCCAGAGCCCUAGAGGAGACAUAUUUGCAGUUGGGGACUGUAAAGAGUUUGACAGCAUGGAACAUCUUCCAGAACUGGUGGAUAAUGACCCAGCUUACAGCUCCAACUUUGAACAGUGGGACACAUAUUGGGAGGACCUGACCAAGUACACUCGCCUCACCAGCUGCGACAUCUGGGGCACCAAGGAAGUAGACUUUCUGGGCCUGGAUGACUUCUCCAGCCCUUAUCAGGAUGAGGAGGUAAUAGGCCGUACACCCACUUUGGCGCAGCUGAACAGCGAGGAUUCUCAACCUGUGUGUGACACCCUGUACCAUCCAGACUUGUUGCUAAGUCAAAAACAGCCUGUGUUCCCCCCUCAACCGGGGGGAAAGAAGAUGGGCAGGGCCAACACCUCUGCUGCUUGCAGCUCUUCCAACCGCAAUCCUUUGCCGGAUUUUGCUGAAGGUUCCCAGAAGGCUACCUGGCCAGUGCCCUCAAGCACUGAGACUGUGGCAAAGGCCCAAAUGCAAGGAACUAGCAAAGGUGUGUCUCCACAGCCAGACAGCACAGAUUAUGUACGCAAGGCCAAGGUUCGCAUCAGCAUACCACGCAAACCCUUGCUAGAGAGUUGUGCUCAGCAAGUCAACGUUUCUGCGAGCUCUCCACUUGUGCAAGAGCAUGGAACCGCUGCUUCAUUGGUCAGUAAUACCCAGGCAGCCACCAUUGGCACUCCAUCCACUGUAACACCCCUGGUUUGUGAGAAGAGAGUGGAGAUUCCUAAAAGAGAAGCACCCACUGGUCCUCCAGAGGUGGGGCCAUCAAGAGCAGUGCCACAAAAACUUCAUUUCCCGGUGGCUGGUGGCAGCGAGACUUUGCUCACCGUGAGCUCCCUUGGAGCUGAUGCUGCCGCUGCUGCUGCCGCCGUUGCUGCUGCUGAGAAGAAAAAAGAGGAGGAGCACAACUACUCAUUGUUCCUAACCAGGGCCAGACUUGCAGGUAAAGCCCUAACUGACAUGGAAGAAGAUGAAGAGGAGGAAGAAGAAGGAGAGGAGGAGGAAGAGGAAGAAGAAGAAGCAGAAGGGGUGGAUCUGGAUGAUGAAGACCAUGAUGAAGGUUUCGGCAGUGAGCAUGAGCUCUCUGAGAAUGAAGAGGAAGAGGAGGAAGAGGAUGAGGACUACGAAGGGGACAAAGAUGAUGACAUCAGUGAUGCGUUCUCCGAGCCAGGAUGUGACACUGACAUGGUCGAGGAUGUUAAAGGUCUGACUGCUGGAAUUUCCAGGAAGAGGGGCAAGCGCCGAUACUUUUGGGAAUACAGCGAGCAGCUCACUCCCUCCAAGCAAGAACGUAUGCUGAAACCUUCAGAGUGGGACAGAGACACCCUCCCCAGCAACAUGUAUCAAAAGAAUGGCCUACAUCAUGGAAAAUACACGCUGAAGAAAUCACGGCGGACGGACGUGGAGGAUCUCACUCCUAACCCGCGGAAGCUGCUGCAGAUUGGCAACGAGCUGCGGAAGCUCAACAAGGUGAUCAGUGACCUGACACCUGUCAGCGAGCUGCCACUGACCGCUCGCCCUCGCUCUCGAAAAGAAAAGAACAAGCUGGCCUCCAGGGCAUGCAGACUGAAGAAGAAAGCUCAGUAUGAAGCCAACAAGGUCAAGCUGUGGGGUCUUGGCACUGAAUAUGAUCGAUUGCUGUUUGUGAUAAACACAAUCAAGGAGGAGAUUGUGAGCAGAGUUCAAGAUAACUCGGAUAACAAUGGAACAAGUAUGGCAGACAAGCUUGACAAGCUCAUAGAGGAAACACUUGUGCAGUCACCAGUGGCCGGCCAGACUUCAGACUUUGUGAACCAGAUCUUGGAGAACACUGGCAAGGGGGAUCCUACUGGAGGUUUGGUGGGACUGCGCGUGCCCACUUCAAAAGUGUAGAGGCUGUACAACAAGGUGCCCUGGCGGGCUUUUUGGAGCACACACUCGAAGCCAUCCGCGCCAUUCCUGUCCCACACUGUAACGGCCCGACACUCUGCAUGCCCAUUUCACCUGGAGACGCAUCCUCAUGCUUAACGUGAAUACAUGCAUACGAACACCUGCCCGUCUGUGCACCCGUAUGUAUAUAUUUACUUUACGCACACCUAUGGAAAUGAAACUAGUAGUUAACCUCUGCACUCAGUAGUCUGUUUCUUACCAUGUGUGCAUGUGGCUGGUUCAAACUUCCAUCUGCAGGCCGCCAUUUCGCGAAUUCAAAAGCCAAUCUACGAGAUACCUCCAGAAGUAGUUUGUCUUUUCUUUUUUUUUUUUAAGGGAGGGGGUGAAAAGCAACCAGUUCCUGCUGUAGCCAUUUUUUUUCUUGCAUCCAGCUAAAGCUGUCAAAUGCCUUUUACCAGAUUCAGAAAGCAGAAGUGUUCUCUGUAAAGAAAUGAUUUAAUGUCAUGGUCAGUGAUGGAGAAUUGAGAGUUGAAGAUUGAAGAAUGCGUUACUGAAUAAUGCCCUCAGUUUUAUUUCCUGAUCCAUGUUAAACAUUGAACAAACAAAAACACUUCUUUUGCAGAGCUCGGCUUUCCUUCUCUAGUAUUGAGGCAUUUGCAGGCUUAAACAAGACAAACAUUUAUACGCCAACUACAACAAAGUCAAUGCAAAUACAGAAGCAUGGAAAAUCUUUAUUGGAAAAAUAAAAGUACUGCAAAAGAAAUUGAUGCUAGGGGUAUAUAAAUAGGACAGGGAUGCACAGUGACAAUUAGAGAGGAGCCUGGGCUUGGAUGUUUUGUUUCUUUGUCUUGGGGUUGUCUCAGGGUAAAGAGAGAGCGUGAGAGAUUACUGAUUGACCGGUGACAGAUGGUCAAGUUGAAAUCCCAUUCUUGAAAUGGACAGAAACCAUUAUUAUUGUGUACUGGUGACCCCACGAGAAACCAUUUCCUUUACACACUUUGGUAUAAAGUGCCCUCAUGUCAAAUUGCCCUUGACGUUUAUUUGCGAAGUCGCACUGAAGGGGCUCAAAAAAUUGAUUCCCAGACUGGGUCUUGUUCAUAUUUGUACUUUAAUAAAAGUAAGAUUCAUUGUGCCUUGUAGACAUGGAGGUGGAGGAAAAACGAAACUUGCUCGAAAAACGAAAACAACAAAAAACGGAAAAAAAAAAAAGUGUAAACAAACAAGCGGACCAUUUUCGAGGA